UGUUGUUCCGAGCCGAUUCGUCGCCGACGAUCAUCUUCCUUCUUCCAAAGAUUUCGGAAUCGCCGAAUAUGGAAGGCACUCUGCCGGCUUGAUUUUACCUGCUCGCUGGACGUCCUCGUCAUACAUCGGCCGCAGGCAGCACUACCUCUGAUAUCACGCUCCGUCAGAUUCAAGAAGUAUCUUCGACACCAACCAGGAGACAGUCCGUGAACGUGUGGAGGUACCUCCGCUCAAACCACAUCGUCACCUCAACAAACCGACCGUCUCCCCGCCCCGUACCCAUGAACGGCCAAACACCAACCGCCCCAUCUGGGCCCGUACCCCUCUGGAUCGCCGGCAAAGAAGUAACGACUUCAACAACCUUCCCCGUCACAAGCCCCAACACCGGCUCCCAACUCUGGACCUCCAGCUCCGCCUCCGUGACCGAAGCCCUCCAAGCCGUGACCGCAGCCGAAACCGCGCUCAAAACCUGGCGCCGCACCAAACCCGCCGCCAUUCGCGCCAUCCUGCUCAAAGCAGCCGACAUCUUCAACCACCGCGCGGAGGAAUUAGCGGGCUACAUGCAAGCCGAGACCGGUGCGCUGCAGCAAUUCACGCAGUUCAACUUGACGACCACGGCGGAGAACUUUCGCGAUGUAGCCGGGCGAGCGGCGGCGAUUCUCGGAGCUAUUCCGACUACUGGCACGCCGGGACAGGCGGCGUUCAUUUUCAAAGAGCCGUAUGGCGUCGUCUUUAGCAUUGCGCCAUGGAACGCGCCGUACAUCCUCGGCACCUGCGCGUUUCUGUAUGCUCUUGCGGCGGGGAACACGGUUAUCCUGAAGGGCAGCGAGCUGUCUCCACGAACCUUCUGGGCGAUAGGCUCCGUGAUGAAGGAGGCAGGGUUGCCGGAUGGGGUGCUGAGUGUGCUUUACCAUCGCCCGGCAGAUGCAGCGGCGGUGACGAAUGCGAUUAUCGAGCACGCGUUUGUCAAGAAGAUCACUUUUACCGGCAGCACGACUACAGGGUCGAUCAUCGCGGCGAAAGCAGGGAAAGAACUCAAGCCCGUGCUCAUGGAGCUGGGCGGUAAAGCGUCAGCAAUCGUGUGCGAGGAUGCGGAUCUGCAGCACGCAGCGAUGCAAGUUGCGCUGGGCAGUUUCCUGCACGCCGGCCAGAUUUGUAUGGCGACGGAGCGGGUGCUGGUGCAUCGGAAGGCGGUUGGGGAGUUUGCGGAGGCGCUGAAGGGCGCGGCGGAGAAGGUGUAUGCUCCUACGGGCGAUGCGCCGGUGCUGGUGGCGCAGGCGACGGUGGAGAAGAAUCAUAAGUUGCUGCAUGAUGCGGCGGAGAAGGGGGCGAAGGUGUUGUAUGGGGAUCCGAAGGCGCAGGAGCAAUCGCCGUACCGCAUACGCCCGGUCAUCAUCUCGGACGUGACAAAGGACAUGGACGUGUUUUACACCGAGUCUUUCGGGCCGAUCGCUGCCUUGAUUGCAUUUGACAGCGACGAGGAGGCGAUUGAUAUCGCAAACGACACCGAGUACGGACUCUCGGGGGCUGUAUUCACGCAGAGCCUGGGCAGGGGAUUGAAGAUUGCAAAGGAGAUCGAUACUGGUGCGGUGCAUAUCAACUCCAUGACGGUUCACGACGAGGCGACACUUCCGCACGGUGGAGUGAAGAAGUCGGGCUGGGGAAGAUUCAAUGCGCAGUGGGGCGUGGAGGAGUUUUUGAAGCUGAAGACGGUUACAUACAUGGAGUCAUGACGAUAGCCCGAAGGGUGGCUAAUGUGAUUU